GCCACUGAUACGGCUGUAUAAAGCUCCCUGCUUUAAAGAUUGACAAGCUGAAAAAGCGCUUUAACAACCAAGAACAGAAAGGCUUUAGUGGCAGUUAUGAGUCAAAAAACAACCCUUCCACUACGAGUGGAGGAAUGGACAAAAGAUGACGUUCAUCACUGGUUAACUAAAGUGGUUAAAACAGAUAAAAAUUAUGCAGAAAAGAUAUAUGAUGGAGACGUAUCUGGAGAAGAACUGGUUUACUAUAAGCGAGAGGAUCUGCUUGACCUUGGAAUUAAGCAUGGUCCAGCUGUUAAGAUUAUCAAUCUAUUAAAGGAGUUAAAACAGCAUUACAAUCCUGACUCUGAAUCACCUGAAUAUUCACAAACAAUGCAAGAAGAGGACAAGAUAGCAACUGAGGAAAUCAAAAACAUUUUAACACAUCAACCACAAAGACAUACAGCUAAAAAAUCAACGAAUAAAGAAAAAUCUGAAAAAAAUAGACACUCCAAAAGUAGUCAAGUGGCAAACAUUGGGGAUGGUUCUUUGAGAUUAAGAACCGAUAAUGCGGAUUCCAAACCAAAAGAAUCAUUAGAGCCUUCACAAGAUAAAAAGCCUAAACAAUCUUCCAGCCAUUCAGCCUCCAAAGAAACUAAACAAAAAGAGUCAGCAAAAAAGAAAACAUUGGUCAUUAAGGCAGAUAGCAUAAUUGAUAUAAAAAAAACUGAUUCUGCAUCUUCUGAACAUUCCCAAACACACCAUGAUGAGGAAAAACUGGACAAAAUUGAGGAAAUCCAAGACACUUCAACAGGUCAAACGCAGAUAUCUACAAAGACAGGUAAGAAAUCUACAAGAAAAUCAAGCAAAAAAAGAAGAUCUAAGAAUCAGACAUUAAACAUUGAUAAAGAUUUAACAGAUUUGACCCCAAAUGCUCAAAAAGAUGAUUGCCAGAAAAAAGAAGAAUUAAAACUGUUACCAUCUCAAGAAAAAAAAAUUGAAAGUUCCAGUCAAAAGGAAGUCAAAUCAAACUCAAAUGAAUCUGAAUCAAGACAGUCUCUUGACUUUAAACUGUUAGUCAACAAUGCAGACAAAACAACUGAAAGAGACAGGAGCACAAGAAAGCCUGGACAACACUCAUGUAGUCUCUAUCCAUUUGACCAGAGCUCUGCUUCUCAUCGAUACAUUCAAAACUACACUUUACCACCAGAGACUGGACCAGGUAAUCUGAUUGAUCCAGUUCAUGAGUAUAAGUUCUUGGGCAGAACAGAUGAUAUAACUGUGAUAAAGAAGAAGUUCAAUAAAGAGGUGUUUCGCUUUGCUGCUGGCUGUAUGAACAGCCGUACAAACGGAACCAUCCACUGCGGUGUUGCAGAUUGUAAAAGUUCUGAAUAUGCCCAUGGUGAGAUUAUUGGGGUAACUGUUGAGAACAAGGACAUCAUCAUUGAUCACUUUAAUCAAGACAUUAAAUCAUUCUUUGAAGAUCAUCCAGAAGAAGCAAAGGCGUGCAUCAGACAACCUCGCUUUGUAGAAGUUCUCUGUCCUGAUGGUACUCUCUCUGGAAAAUAUAUCAUAGAGGUGGAUGUUGUUCCAUCCCACAGCAUAGUUGAUGGAAAACUAUUUUAUAUCCAGACUCUUGAUGAAGAGAAUCAAUGGAAAAAGAGCAAAGGAAAAUCACUUUUCAUCAGAGAGGGAGCAUCAACUCGUGAUAUCUGUAAAAUUGGUAAUCCGAGAGAUCUGCAAUCUGAAUUAGCUCGAGUAAAUACAAACGUCAAUGUUCUGGACAACAGGAGGAAAGAGGCUGAAAAGAGACCCGAAAGCAAAAGAACAUCAAAUCAAGGGGAAAAGCUGAAGAAUCUGCUGACAUGUGGAGGAAACAGACUGGAUCAUUACGAUUAUUUCAUCAUUGUAACAAACAAAAGUCACCCUGAACAGCUCCAGCAUCUUCAGUUCAUGACAACCUUAAAAUUGUUCUGUGUGCUGGACUUUGAUCCAGAUUCGGUAGUAAAUGGAUCCUGCCACAACUACAGAGAUGUCCGAGUUGCAAACCUUCACACACCAAGUCAGUUCCAUGGGGAUCCAGGAACAAUAGUGAAAAAUCUCAACUUGUACAAACAAACAAGUUGGGUAUUCUGUAACGGGAGAAAAGACCUCAAUACAGAAUCUGACAAACCACUCAAACCAAGUGAAUGGCUAAAACAGAAAGCAGGAGAGGUACAAGACAUGAUCUCGUUCCUCUGCAACCCUGACACUCUUCCUAGAGGACGAUUCUUAGUCAUAUUUCUCCUCCUCUCCACUGUCGAGGCCAUGAAUGACCCAAUGUUUGACACUUUUAUGUCAUUUUAUAAAAACCUUGGUGGUACAGAAAACAUUGCAACCAUUUGCACUUCAGUAGAUUCCUUUAAUAAAUGGAGAGAUUACAUUCAGUCCAGAUGUGAACACGACAUCAGUCAGCAGAGUAUAUAUGAUCUGGAGCUCAGCGAAAUCAAUGGGACGAUACUGAAACUGGGACAGAACAAGCAAAAUGCUCAGAGACUUCUUCCAUCUGCUGAAGGCAGUUCAGUGAUUCUGCAAAAAAAAGAUGAAGACCUCAUGACAUCCCUUGAUAUCCUCUGUGAAAAUGAAUGUGAAAAUGAAUAUGACGAGAGCUCUGCAGAAUUUGAAGAGUUCAAAAUUAAUACAGAGUCUGAGUUCUACAGGGGAGGCAAAGUCAAAUGGUGGAACUUUUACUUCUCAGAGCAACCUGCAGCAAAACCAUUCAUAAAACGAGACAAACACUCAAAACUAGAGAAAAGUAUCAGAUCUCAAAUCAAAGAUCCCACAAGUACUUGUGUCAUGGUGAAUCUGUUUCAUCACCCUGGCUGUGGCGGCACUACCAUGGCCAUGCAUGUGAUGUGGAAUCUGAGAAAAGAAUUCAGAUGCGCUGUGUUAAAAGACAACACUGUUCCAAAGGAAGAAGUGGCCAAACAGGUUGCUCAUUUGAUUAAAUGUGGAAAAAAUGAAAAUUCGUUAAAAACCCCAGUCCUCAUAUUAGUGGAAGAUUCAGAAGAAACAGAAAACACACAAGAACUACAGAACUCCUUGAGGAAAAUCAUAGGAGAAACAGGUGCAUUUGUCAUCAUCUUAAACUGCAUACGUACAAAAACUCCGAAAUUAAGAUACAACAACAGUGUUAUUGAGACCGAGUUCAUUACUGCAGAACUGUCUGACAAGGAAAAACAAGCUUUCGAAAUGAAGCUUGAAGAACUUCAAGAAAUAAAGUCCUUCACAACUGAGAAUUUCUACAGUUUCAUGAUCAUGAAAACAAAUUUCGACCCCAUAUAUGUUGAAAAUGUUGCAACUAACAUACUAAAAGAUUUUGGAGUUGAAACCAAACAAGCACACCUCUUCUGCAUGCUGGCUUUGCUAAAUUCAUAUGUGCCUGAACCAGCCAUUUCAAGAUCUUUAUGUGAAGAUAAUGCCUUUCUGGGCAUUAAAACUGCAUUGUGGGGAAGAGAAUCAGUGCUGGAGAAAAUGGAGCCCUACUCCUGUUUGCUGAUUGAAUUUGGGGCAGAGGAAUAUGGAGGAUUCAAAGCAAUUCGCUUUGUUCAUCAAUAUCUUGCAACAGAAUGUGUGAAAAAACUAGAAGAGACAUAUAACUGCUCCAGAGCUGACACUGUGCUUGACAUGUUGCAUUGUGAUGUGCUUUUCAGAACUUUUGCAGUAAAAGAUGUUUUUGUUCAAUCGAUAAAAAGCAUGUUGAUCACUCGUCACCGCAAGACAGAAGACAAUGAGAAAGAUACACUGUUUUCUCCACUGAUAGAGGACAUCAACUCAAGACAGGAUGGUCUGAAAAAGAUUCAAGAAAUCUUUACUGCAGCUUUGCAGAGGUUUGAUAAAGACUUCACAAUUCCUCAAGCUCUAGCAAGACAUUUGUACCUUAAUGAGAAGAACUUUGCUGAAGCUAAAAAAUGGGCAAACAGUGCGAAAGCCAUCAAAGAAAAUUCCUACACUGUAGAUACAGUUGGACAAGUCUCAAAAAGUGAAUUAAAACAUAAACUUGAGUGUAAAAAAAAAGAAGACAAACAAUACACAGCUGAAGACUUGAGGGAUUAUCUUGAGUCAGCAAGCACAGCAACCAAAGCUUUCAGAAGAGCUCAAAGCCUGGCAAAGACAGAUGAUGUUCUUGAAACCGAAGAGAAACUUCACAAAAAGUUGAGCCCAUAUAAUAUAUCGGGCUACAUGGGUGAAAUUGACACAGCCAUGAUUGUUUUUGACAUUAUCAAAAAACUCCCAUUGUUUAAGAAAGAUGAUCCAAUGAAAGACCAUUACAUCCAGAGCUUCCUCAAAGGAAAUCUGUCUUGUGCAAACAUCCCAGUUUCCAAAACUGAAUCCAAUGAUGCAUUGGUUUCAGUUCUUCUGGACUAUGAAGUCUUUCUGGCGUCCUUAAAAUCACAAGUAAAAGAGGCAUUUGACUUCCUUGAAAUUUACUUCACUUACAUGAGAGAGAAGGGGGUGGAUGAUGGGAAAGACAUAAAGAAUCACAAAAAGAUCUCUACACAUUAUCAAAAUUACAUCUCAUUAUUCUGCACCUCAGCAGAAGAAAAACAAAAAGAGAGAAAGCAAAAACCUAAACUAAGUUUGAACAUGGAGAUUGAAGAGUGCCGAAUGUUUCUAGAGGAAAAAAGGGCAGAUACAUUCCCAGGCCUUCUCCAGUUUUUAGAGCACAGAAAAGAGACAGUGGAAAUGAUUGCUGAGAAAUACUCAUUCAUACAUGAGAAAUCUGUCAUUAAAACUACAAAAGACAAAACAAAUCAUCUGCUUGCACAUAUUAUACUUAAGCUAAUUUCCCCAAAGUCAAAGCUGGCAAAAUCCCUUGAUGACCUAUUUAAGCUAUUAGACGAAAUUCUGCAAGAAGCUGGUACACAGCUUCAAUACCCAGAGCCGUUCUAUCUGGCCAUACUCUUGCUCUGGCCACAAAAAAAUGAAACUAGACAAAUGAAACAGCAAAACAGCACUAGAAUAAAGUUUUAUGUUGAUAAAAUUAGAAGUUCAGCAAGAAAACAACUCUCACACAUGUACAGAACAAGAUCAACAAUUGCACACUUCUUUCUGGGACAAUCUCCUGGAAUACAGAGGCUGGUGACAAAAGUUUCUCUUGACAGAUCUAUAAGUAGUGUUAGAGAACGCAAUCUUCUUUGGCAACGAGCAGAAAUCUUUAAGGAACCCUUUAUUAAAAAAACUCUCCUCAGAGUUGAUGGUACUAUUGAGCAAGGUGAGGUCUUCACAGAGUAUGGAAGUCUUAAGAUCCCUGUUCGUCCUGCAUUUCUUGGUGGAGUGAGAAGCGGCUACAGCACUGAGAAAGUGUCCUUUUUCAUUGGGUUUGCCAUGGAUGGACCACUUGCUUAUGACAUUCAAUAUGAGGACGAUCAAUAGAUAUAUAUGAUGUAUAACAAUGGUGUGUAGAAGCACAAUUUUUCUCUUAAACUCUAUUAUAUUAUAUUGAAAUUCUAUCAGAUAAAUUUUACUCUCUUUGUUUAACACAGUAGUGAAAAUAGUUUACUUAUAAAUUACUGUAUACAGUAUGACAUUUAGGGUGUACUCACACAAGACAUGGUUGUCUUAAACCGUGCCUAGGCUAGAUUGUCCCCUCUCCUGCACUCGCAUUGCAUUUUUUGCCUUCCGAGCCAGAGCACACUUACUUCAUCGAUGCGACUGUUCAUUUUAACAGAAGAGAAGCACUCUAUCCAUUUGUAUUAUUUUGAUAUGCAGAGACACUGUCAAAUCUUUUGCUGAACAGAUCCACGCCUGGGCCCGAUCAGAGCCCUCACACUUGUCAAACAAACCGGAAAAUGGGGGGUCAAACAUGCCUGGGCACAGUUCAGAUAGCCUAGUGCGAGUACGCCCUUACAUUUAAAAGUCUUUGCAAUAUACUCAAUUCUCAUCAUUAUAAAACUGUAGUGACCACAUUUUUCCUGAAUACUCAAUGAUUGAUUGUUCUUUUUGGAUAUGCCAAAAAAAGAUGACAAAUGAUUCAAUGAUCAUGAAUUGAACACGACCUCAAAUAAACAUGUAUACUGAUUUGAUCUAUUGGUAUUGACUUGUGGAAUACAUUGACAAUGUAAAAUAAAAUUUACAUAGACAACUCACGCCAAACUCUUAAGUGUAACAUUUGAAGAAACAGUUCUCCUAAAAUUUCUCCAGUUCUCCGGCUGAAACAGUUCUACAUCUACACCUCCAUCAUUGAAUCAGUCAUCUGCACAUCAAUAACUGUCUGGUUUAGCUCAGCUACUAAAUACGACCUCCAAAGACUACGUCGAAUAGUUCGGACUGCUGAGCGAAUCACUGGUACAAUCCUUCCUACUCCCCAAGAACUGUACUUAUCCAGAGCGAGCAGAAGGGCUGCCAAAAUCACUCUGGACCCCUCACACCCAGCACACUGCCUCUUUGAACUUUUACCUUCUGGUCGACGCUACAGAGCACUGCGCACCAGAACAGCCCGACACAGAAACAGUUUCUUCCCUCAGGCAAUCCAUCGCAUUAACACUUGAUGAUAAUAAUUGCGGAACCAACAUCACUACUUGCCAUACACUUUUAUACACAUAUACACUUAUUUAACAACACACUUUACAUGCCAAUUUGCACAUAACAGCUGCACAUAUAACAUUGUAUAUAGUAAUAAACAUGUACAUACACUUGUCAAUCUAUAUUUGCACUCACUACUUCUAUUUUUUUAAAAUAUAUUUAUUAUCUGUUUUUUUGUCCUGUCUCUGUUAUCCUGUUACACUGUAGAAGCUUUGUCACGAAAACAAAUUCCUCGUAUGUGUGAACAUACCUGGCAAUAAAGCUCUUUCUGAUUCUGAAAA